ACCUCUAAAACUAAAAAAUCUGGCAACCCGAAAUCUAAGCAACAGGAACACAAGUACAACCAGGUGCAAGAAAAAUUAUGAGUGGCAUAAACAGCACCAGUUGCUUCUCUUCAGUGUUCCAAAACCUACAUGAAACUGAACUUUUGUCUGCAAAGAAGAAAUCUAGGUUCAGUUUCAUGGUCCCCAGGGACCAGUUUAAUGGUGGUUGUACUGGGAUUUUCUGUAAGGUUUCUGAAAGUGGAAUUGGUGGCAACCCCACAAACAGCAAAGUGUCUGUCAGGUCCAAGAACAGGAUGGAAGAGUAUAACACAGCCAUGAAGAGGAUGAUGAGAAAUCCAUAUGAGUAUCAUCAUGAUCUUGGCAUGAACUACACACUGAUAACUGACAAUUUGAUUGUGGGCUCUCAGCCCCAGAAACCUGAAGAUAUUGAUCAUCUGAAACAAGAAGAGAAGGUGGCCUAUAUUUUGAACUUGCAGCAGGACAAGGACAUUGAGUAUUGGGGGAUUGACUUGCAGUCCGUAAUAAAAAGAUGUCGACAACUGGGAAUUCGUCAUAUGAGAAGGCCUGCACGAGACUUUGAUCCAGAUUCCUUGAGGAAUGAAUUACCUAGAGCUGUUUCCUCAUUGGAAUGGGCCAUUUCUGAGGGAAAAGGAAAAGUAUAUGUGCAUUGCACAGCUGGGUUAGGAAGAGCUCCUGCAGUGGCUAUUGCCUACAUGUUCUGGUUUUGCAACAUGAAUCUAAAUACAGCGUAUGAUGCACUGACUUCAAAGAGACCUUGUGGACCCAAUAAAAUAGCAAUACGUGGGGCCACCUAUGAUCUGGCUAAAAAUGAUCCAUGGAAGGAGCCUUUUGAAAGUCUUCCUGAACAUGCCUUUGAGGGAAUAGCAGAUUGGGAGAGGAAGUUGAUUCAAGACGGUGUUCGUUCCCUCCGCGGAACAUGAUUAUCUCAGUAAGUAUUUGUUGUAUUAAAGCCAAUUUGAAAGUGCAGGGCAACUAAAUUCCAAAAUAUUGGGGGCAUUGCUUGUGGGAUAUUGAAGCAGAUCUCUCCAAGGACUACUUUCCUGACUGAUCAGUAAAUUACUAGGUCAAUGCAUCCAUAAUUUGGUUUUUCUGUGUCAUCAUUUACAGAAGAGAACAAUUUUCAUAGUAACUAUUUGUCAUAAUUUGGUUGCUAAUUGCUAGGCCUAUUAGCCGUAGUAAUUCAACCAGCUGAUGAACCAUAAAUAAAAAACCAUAGAAAGGAAACAAGAACACAUGAUGUUUUUCCAUAUUCAAAA